ACGACGUCUCAGUUCAGAAGUUUGGCGAGGCCGGCUGCGUCGUUGCUUCGUUUUUCUCUUCGUCUUCGAUCCUCCUCGAAACCCUAGCCACGAACCAUGGGGGAAAUCCAUUGAAGACCUCCUCAAGAUCGGUCCUUCUCCUGCUCUGCUGCAUCGCCGGCGUCAAGCGCUGAAGAGCCGCCAAUGCGCGUUCCAUCUCAGAACCAUCAACGGAGGCGAUGGUCGGGGACUGUCGCGCUCCUGGUUGCCAUCGUCGUCCUCGCUGAGAUUUCCUUCUUGGGCCGGCUUGACAUGGGGAAGAACGCCGCCGCAGUCCAUAAAUGGACUACAUCGCUGUACUUCUCCUUUGACGACGACGCCGUCGUUAACGAUGGUGCGGGUGAUCUGAUUUCGUUGCCGUCUUCGUUGCCGAUUCCUGUUGAAGUGGAGCGGCUUAGCUGCGAGGAGUGGUUGGAGAGGGAGGAUAAUGUUUCGUACUCGAGGGAUUUCAGCAAGGACCCUGUCAUAAUUUCCGGAAUGGAUCAGGAUUGGAGUUCAUGUUCUGUGGGCUGCAAGUUUGGAUAUUCUGCUAAUAAGAUACCUGAUGCUGCAUUUGGAUUGCCAUCAGACCCAGCGACUGCUAGUGUACUUCGAUCAAUGGAAUCAUCGCACUACUAUCCAGAAAAUAAUAUUGAGCUGGCACGACGGAGAGGGUACAAGGUUAUUAUGACAACCAGCCUUUCCUCAGAUGUCCCAGUUGGCUAUUUCUCAUGGGCUGAAUAUGAUAUUAUGGCACCUGUGCAACCAAAGACCGAAGAUGCUCUUGCAGCUGCCUUCAUUUCUAAUUGUGGGGCUCGCAAUUUCCGUCUGCAGGCUCUUGAAAUGCUUGAAGAGUUAAAGAUCAAGAUUGAUUCUUAUGGGAGUUGUCAUCGGAACCAUGAUGGUAGAGUGGAUAAAGUCAAGGCUUUGAAGCGCUACAAGUUCAGCUUGGCAUUUGAAAAUUCCAAUGAGGAAGAUUAUGUUACUGAAAAAUUCUUUCAGUCCCUUGUUGCAGGAAAUAUUCCAGUUGUAGUUGGUGCUCCAAACAUUCUUGAUUUUGCUCCUUCUCCGGAAUCAGUUUUACAUAUCAAACAGCUCAGUGAUGUUGCUUUAGUUGCAAAGACUAUGAAACAUUUGGCAGCUAAUCCUGAUGCAUAUAAUCAAUCAUUGAGAUGGAAGUUCGAGGGUCCAUCAGAUUCUUUUAAGGCCCUGGUGGACAUGGCAGCUGUGCACUCCUCUUGUCGGCUCUGCAUUCACCUUGCAACAAAAAUCCAUGAAGAAGAAGAGAAGACUACUCGAUUUGAAAAUCGCCCCUGUAAAUGCACCAACAAAGUAGGGACAACUGCAUACCAUUUGUAUGUCCGGGAAAGGGGACGUUUCGGUAUGGAAUCUAUAUUUCUCAGGUCCGACAUGUUGACUUUGGAAGCAUUAAAGUCUGUAGUGUUGGCGAAGUUCAAAUCCUUGAAUCACACACCCAUUUGGAAGGGAGAGAGACCAGUGAGCAUUCGCGGUACUGAUUUCAAAGUACACAGAAUAUACCCGAUCGGCCUCACACAAAGACAAGCCUUGUACACAUUCAAAUUUGAUGGCGAUGCCGAUCUCGGAAAAUACAUAACUAGUCAUCCUUGCGCAAAAUUUGAAGUGAUUUUUGUAUGAUCGGUAAUAAUAUUGUUCGCUGCUGCAGCCAUUUUCCCAACUUCUUAACUUGAUAAGGCGCAGCUGAUUUGUCAAUAGGUACUUUUGCUGUAAUUUUGUACAUCUCUAGGAAUGAAUGUAUUUGGACCUGAAUUGAUUGACAUGUUUAUUAAAUGCAUGCCCAGAUUUUAUUGUUUUU